CUCGGCAUAUGGUCAAUGGUCAUGUCUGGUCGAUCCGGAUAAGAGAUUCCCUACCCCAACGUCCAGUGACCAUUGGGAGAGGAAGUUUACGGGUACAUUGGUGAUGCGUGCCUCGACGAGAUGAUAGACAUUCUUUCGUCUGUCUCCCACUGCCCAUCCCUGUACUACUCCUAUCAACAGAUACAGGUACUGCUCGACCGGCCAACAUGACGGCCGACAACCAUCCGACGCGCCGCAGCCGGUUCCUAGCCGAGAAGCGCGUCAUCUUCAUUUGCUUCCUGAUCGCGCUCGGGCAGUUCCAGUACGGCUACGACUCGGCCGCCAUCGCGGGCUUCCAGAGCAUGCCGGGCUUCCUCGAGGUCUACGGCUACGUCGACCCGACCAACCCCAUCGGGCUCAACAUCAGCACUGACGUGCAGCAGUGGAUCCAAUCCCUCAUGAACCUGGGUGGCUUCGUGUCGGCCGUCGUCAUGUAUGCCUCGCACACGCGCCUCUCGCGGCGCGUCGGGCUGUGGCUCGGCUGCUUCCUCGGCUUCCUGUCCAUCUCGCUUAUGCUGGGCGUGACCAACCUGGGCGGCCUCUACGCCGGCCGCCUGCUGCUGGGCAUGUCCAACGGGUUUCUGGUGCCCUACUGCGUCACCUACAUGACCGAGUCGGCCCCUUCGCUGCUGCGGGGCCCCAUCGUCGGCAUGAGCACCUUCCAGACGUCGCUGGGCGCCCUGUUCGGCAUCCUGGUUGACAACUACUGCGAGCCCUACGGCGGCGCCGUCUCGUGGCAGAUCCCGCUGGGCAUCAUGUACGUGGUGCCGGCCUUCAUGGCGGUGCUGCUGGUUUUCUUGCCCGACACGCCGCGCUUCUACGUGACGCGGGGCGAGGACGACAAGGCGAUGCGUGCCAUCCGCAGGCUGCGCGGCAUCAAGGACGAAGCAUUCCUUCGCGCUGAGGUCGACGAUAUCAAGAGCGCGUACCUCAUGGAGAAGGAGCUCCAUGCCGGCGUCCACCUCAGCGACAUGUUCCGCGGCCCGGACCUGCGGCGCACGCUGCUCUCGUACGGAGCCAACAUUGGCGGGACGGCAACGGGCGUCAGCUUCAUGUCGGGGUUUUCCGUUUAUCUGUUCGUCCAGGCCAGAGUCGGCUCCCCGUUUGUCUGGGUCAUGAUAACUCUGGCCAUUGCCUUGACGGGCAACAUGCUGGCCUUCCCGGCCAUGCGCUACUUUGGCCGGCGCGAGCUGCUGAUAUGGUCCUCAGUGGUGUCGGGCGCCAUGAUGUUUGGUAUGGCCAUCGGCUAUACCGUCUCAAACGGGCAGUCAUCCCAGGCGAGCAAAGCGCUGGUCGGGCUGAGCAUUGUGUACACGUGGGUGUAUGGCGUGGGCCAGGGGCCAGUGCUGUGGGCAUUGGGAACCGAGAUCCCGUCGCAACGGCUGCGGUCCCAAACCGUGGGCACAGCUUCGGGUCUGAACUUCAUCGUGGGCUGGUUGACGUCUUUUACGACCCCUUACUUCAUCAAUCCUGACCGGCUGGGAUGGGGCCCAAAGUACUGCUACAUAUGGGGCGGAAGCAAUCUCAUUUUGGCUCUGUGGACAUACCUCUAUGUUCCCGAGACCAAGGGACGGAGUUUGGAGCAGCUGGAUGAGCUUUUCGAGAAGAGAGUCAGUGCGAGAAAAUUUUCGUCAUUCGUCGUCGAACGGCAGCUGGUAGACGACUUUACCGGAAGUCGGCGACGAAAUGAUAGAAUUAAAUGA